AUAAAGGCUGUGGCUGUGGUACAUGCAAAAGUAAAAAAUUUGUAGGUUAGGUUCGGGCCCGAUUUGCCAACAACGACGGAGUGGGUUAAUUUUUUAAAUAUAAAAUGCGGUGAUCUGCCAUGAACAAGGUGCCGAUCACAUGCAUAUAUUAAGGCAUUUAAGUAAAAUUGAAAAGAUUGUGCACCGGACUAUUGCGCAAUUUCCAGCAGAAGCAAGAUCAUUCCUAUCGAACAUGGCAAGACCAACAGUGUAUGUGACCCGGGACAUUGGACCAGAAGCGACAGAUCUGCUGAAAAAUCAUUGUGAUGUCACAAUCUGGGCGCAUUCCGAGCCCGUUUCGAGGGCAGAUUUGAUAAGUAACGUGCAGGGAAAAGACGCAUUGUUUUGUUUGUUGACUGAAAAGAUCGAUAAGGAAGUUCUGAAUCGAGCAGGAUCUCAAUUGAAAGUGGUAGCUACAAUGUCGGUCGGUUUUGACCAUUUAGAUUUAAACGAAUUGAAGGCUCGUAAUGUUAGGAUAGGAUACACCCCAGAUGUGUUAACACCGGCAACGGCAGAGUUAACAAUUGCACUUCUCUUAGCGACCAGCAGGCGAUUGUUGGAAGCUAGCGAAGAAGCACGCACUGGUGGUUGGAAGGCAUGGUCGCCUUUCUGGCUGUGUGGGCCAAGUUUGAACGGUGCUACUGUGGGGGUUGUGGGUUUCGGUCGUAUUGGACAAGAAGUUGCUAAACGCCUGAAUGGUUUUGGAAUACAAAAAUUGUUGUACACAAACCAAAGUGGCAAAGACAACAUUCUUGGGGGCCAUCGUGUCCCUUUAGAUGAGCUACUUAGUGCUAGUGACUUUGUAAUUUCUACCUGUGCUUUAACACCUGAAACAAAGGAGAUGUUUAAUGAUGAAACGUUCAAGAAAAUGAAAUCCAAUGCUGUAUUUAUAAAUACAAGUCGAGGUGGAGUUGUGGAUCAAGAUGCGUUAAUACGUGCCCUAAAGAAUGGUACAAUUUGGGGGGCCGGUUUAGAUGUGACAACACCAGAACCACUUCCUCUCGACAGUGAACUGUUUAAAUUGAAAAAUUGCGUCGUUUUACCUCAUAUUGGAAGCGCAUCAAUAGAAACUCGAAAUGCAAUGGCUGUUCUUACAGCGCGAAAUAUUGUUUCGGCACUUAAAGGUGAAACAAUGCCUAGUGAACUUUUAAUUUAAUUAACGAAUUGUAUUUUAUUAUUUGUACCGUUUUUAGUAUGAAAUGUAAAAUAUAGACUUUUGCAAGCUCA